CAAACCAAAUCGUUCAUUCUUUCAAGCACACGAGUGUACUUGAGUCAAAGUAAAGAAUAUUUUUUGCGGUUUUCAGUUUACUGUAUAAUUUUAAUUACACUAUUUUUAGUAAUAUUCGAUAGCUUUUAUUAAUUAACAAUGACAGACGUGGCUAAGAAGGUUCAGGACUACAAGGACUCCCUCAAGCAGAAGGCUGAACACCUUAUUAUUAAAGGAUUUCCAGAGAAAAUUGUCAAAUUGAAUGAACUUCUUGAAACAUCACAUUUCCAAAACCGAGAUCUCUCUGAUGUCCAUCAGGAAUUAAACAUUCCAGUACCUCCUCCUCUUAACACAAAUUCACAAGAUGAGCCAUCGGCUAAACGACAGCGUUUAGAUACAUCUGAGGUAUCAAGUGUGAUGACUGUUGAGGGCACUAUGGUUUAUGCAUUGCCAAAUGGUACUGUACCAUGUAACAAACCUCUAAGUGACCUUAUACAUCUCGUUAAACCACACAUUAGGGAACUAGUUGAAGACUCAAACUUGCUUAAAAUGUGGAUAUCAUUUAUGAUCCCAAAAAUAGAAGAUGGUAACAAUUUUGGUGUUUCAAUACAAGAAGAUACUUUAGCAGAGAUUCAGUCUGUAGAAUCUGAGGCAGCCGCUUUCUUUGAUCAAAUCUCACGGUAUUUCAUUUCAAGAGCUAAGAUUGUAUCAAAGGUUGCUAAAUAUCCACAUAUAGAAGACUAUAGGAGAGCAGUUCAAGAACUAGAUGAGAAGGAAUAUUUGUCAUUAUGGCUUGUCAUGUGCGAGAUCCGCAACCGUUAUUGUUCGCUACACGAUAUUGUCAUUAAGAAUUUAGAGAAAAUUAAGAAGCCGCGUUCGUCUAACGCCGAAACUUUAUACUAGUGACAAGUUUAAUCUCAAUCCUAGGCAAGGAUUAUUACCUUUAAGUGUAAACUUUGUUUUUUAUUCACUAGAUAUUCUGUAUAUAUUCAAUGUUAGUAUCAGCACAAACAUGGGAACUACACAAUGCCGGCAUCAACAUAAUAUAUGACAUCAGAAUGCAUCGUUCAAUCUAUUCCGCAUAAUCUAAGCUAGUGAGUAAAAAAUAGAUAGUCACAUGCAGUUUCAUUGUAACAUUUGUAUUAUAUUUGAGACUGAAUCUAAGUAUCUGGUGUACCGCGUUCUUGGUACAUUUACAUUGAAUGUAAUACACAUUGGAGGCGUAAAUUUUUUUUAUAUCAGAACUUUGUAUUGAUUCAUCAAAACAUUGGUUCCAUAUAUCUGAAUAUGAAUUGAUUUGUAAAGCAAAAUAUACUAUCAUAUCUGUAAUAGAUGAAAGCAACUGAAUAGUGUGACCUCCUUAAUCAGCAAUGUUAUAUAAUAUAAGAUAAUAAAAAAGUUUAUAAUUAAUAAUAGAUAAAUAAGCAACCAUUGUCAUUCAAAUUCAUAUUAAACCGCAGUGUUUUAGUGAUGUCCCAAUUGGCUAACAGAUGUUAACUAAAAUAUAAUCAUUUAAAUACGAAUACAUUUCUACAAUAACAAA